AUGGCUUUGAUUCCAACAGCUGAAUCAUCACCAUUUUUUACUUCUUUUUGGACUCAAGUCAGCUGCUUUCAGCUCAGAAUUGAAGAAAAAUCUGUUGCCAUCCCGAUCCCACAGAUAUCUGGGGCUCUUGAAUUUUGUCUCUCAGGUAUUUGUAUCAACCAGCAUCUGUGUUGUUUUGGCCACUCAAAUUGUAAACAUGGUCAUGCCUGGGAAUUUUAUUGUGCUGCAUUUCUUGUGCAUCUCUGCAUCAAUAUACGCUGUGUUUUCACUGAACUCGGAGGGGCAAGCUCUCUGUCACUGCUCAGACAAUGGGAUGUUGUUGCCCCUUCAAUCAGUUUCAGCUGGAAUGCUUCCCAUCCCACUCCUUGUUCAUGGGAUGGGGUGAUAUGUGAGGCCGAAUUUGUGGUUUCUUUGAACCUUUCCUAUUACAAUAUUUCGGGUCAACUGGGACAUGAAAUUGGUUACUUGAAACACUUGAGAUCAGUCAGACUAACUUAUAAUAAACUGUUUGGUUCCAUUCCUCCGGAAGUAGGAAACUGUAGUCUUCUUGAAGAAUUGUGGUUGACAGGGAACAGCUUCACUGGUGAAUUACCUGCGAGCCUUUGGAACUUGCUGAAUUUGGGAACCUUAGAGUUAUCAGGGAAUUCUCUUGAGGGUAAUCUGCCCAAUUCACUCUGCAAAUUGGAGAAGCUGUGGGUUCUUGGUUUGUUGGGGAACAAAUUAACUGGCAUGAUUCCAAACUGUAUAUGGAAUAUGACCAAGCUCAAGUUGCUGGACUUGGAAGGCAAUGGCCUUCAAGGAAUGAUUCCUACAAGUUUUCCGAAUGGCAGUUCUCUGAUGGGCCUAUCUAUCAUUGGAAAUCGAUUUGAAGGGCCAUUGCCGCCUUCUCUCUGCGAAUUGGAGGAGUUGGAGCAACUUCAUAUCGCUUCCAACAAGUUAAAUGGUACCAUUCCCGACUGUAUUUGGAACAUGAGCAAACUCGGAUAUUUUGAUGCACGAGAGAAUGGCUUUCAUGGGAUGUUACCCACAAACUUCCCUACUCUCAAUUCUUGGACCCUCAUUAUUUUGAAUGACAAUCAGUUUGAAGGGCCUUUGCCAUCUUCUCUUUGCAAAUUGGAGAACUUGCAGUAUCUUACAUUGCGCCACAACAAGUUGGCCGGCUUAUGUGGUUUCCCGCUUGAAGAUUGUGGAGCAUCACACGAGGGAUCACAACCGAAUCCUAGUAAUCCUCAAACAGAUGAACAGGUGGACCUGAUGAAUGGACUUACCAAGGAAUCAGUGCUCUUGGGAUUUGCUUGUGGUUUGAUUCUUGGGUUGAUGGGACAUCUAAUGUUCUAUACUCAGAAGCCAAAAUGGUUUCAUGCAUGGUUGAACGUACAUAUGAACAAUUGGUGUACAAAGAGAAGACGACUCUGA